AUGGAAUCUGAGUACCGGCGACUAGCGGAUGUCAUCCGCAACCAAGCCGCAGCUCAUCCCAAAUCCCGCUACCUAGUAGCCAUCGCCGGCAUCCCCGGUUCAGGGAAGACCACGACAGCCGAGGCAGUAGUGCGUCAAUUGAACCACAGCUCGACCUCUCGCACUGCCCUGCUGUCCAUGGAUGGCUUCCAUCUGUCCCGGGCAGCUUUGAAUCAACUGCCCGAUCCUAAAGAGGCGUAUGUCCGUCGCGGUGCUCCGUGGACGUUUGACGUGAGCCGGUUUGUGGCUUUUGUCGGUCGACUGCGUGCCUGGGCCGAUGAGACGCCUCUGGCAGAUGCGUAUUCUGGAAAGUGGUCAUCUGAAGAGGUCAUUUACGCACCGACGUUCGACCAUGAAGUGAAGGAUCCGGUCGAAGAUGGGAUUGCUAUCACGCCCGAUGUCUCUAUUCUUAUCAUCGAGGGCAACUAUCUACUCCUUGAUGAUCCUGGCUGGCGUGAGCUCGCGGAGUUGGUUGAUUAUCGAGUGUUUGUUGAUACUGAUCCGCUGGAAGCAAGGUGCCGAUUGGCUGAACGUCAUCUACGGGCUGGCAUUGAGAAAACGCUGGAAGAUGGAUAUCGGCGGGUGGACAGCAAUGAUUUCUUGAAUGGGGUUUCGAUUCGAGAGAAGUUAUUGCCUCCAGAUAUGGUUGUGAAGAAUGUGAAUGGUGCAUAA